ACACUUGUGUCGCGGAAACCUCCCCCUCACACAACCAUAGAAGUAGCAUUGUUUAUCCACAGGACUGCUCAUUAUGGAAGACAACAUUGUCAAGGAGGCUCAUAACGAGUUUAAAAACAAAAACUUUAAGGCGGCGGAGGAAUUAUACAGCCUUUAUAUACAGUCCUGUGAGAACCCGUCCAGAAAAUGUGACGCCAACGAGCUCGCAGUUGCACUAAACAACCGCGGACAGAUCAAAUAUCUUAGGGUUGACUUCAAGGAGGCCAUUGAGGAUUACACGUUGGCCAUAAAGCAAAAGAAUGAAUUCGAGGUGCCUUACUACAACAGGGGACUCAUACACUACAGACUGGGAUUUUUUGAAGAGGCCGAGAAGGACUUCAGAAAGGUUCUGGAACUGAAUCCUGGUUUCGAAGACGCCAAGCAGAGUCUUCAGCAGACCAUCACAGACCGCCAGGAGAAGAUCACAAGAGGAUACUGAACACUACACUUGGACUUCUAGAACUGAAGCACUUUACCAAAUAAUUUUUUGCACUUUUGUACACUUGCCAUAAUCACAGAACUUCACAAAUCAUAGUCUCAAAGCUGACAAGACUUGAAAAAUAAAAUUAAUUUUAAACAGUU